AUGGAGAUAUUAGUUGAGGGAUUGGGAAAUGAAGAAGAAGAAGAAGAAGAAGGCGACAGUGGAUUUGAUGUCCUUGUGGGAAAGGGCCGGGAAGGCGCCGAAGACCGCAUCAACCUCAGUGUCGGCAGCGGCAGCACCUCCGUCAAGUUUGCUUCGAUGCUUGAGGAUCUGGUCAAUGCUUGCGGCAGAGAAACCAUCAGGCGUAUUGUGCAAGACUUUGGCGAGGAGAAUUUUGCGAUACUUGCUUGCCUGUUUAGUGAUGCUUGCCACAAUGAGCAGUUGGUUGUUUGCUUGCGGUAUGUUGAUAAGAAAGGAAGGGUGGUUGAGAGGUUGGUUGGCAUUGUGAAUGUUGAGAACCCAGAUGCUUCCACAAUUAAAGAUGCGAUUGAGUCCUUACUCAGGGAUCACUCUUUGAGCUGGUCAAGGGAACUGCAAUUGGCACUUGUUGCUGUUCUUAAGAUCGAUGCUUGUGCUGAUUUCUUUGAGCAAAUUGGAUUUUUUGUGAGUGUUCUUGAAAUUUCCUGCAGAAAGGCUCAAAUGCUUCAAGUAGCUGAAGCUCAACAAGUUCUAGAAGGAUUGGAUCCACACAAGGCCUUUAGUAUAAAGGAUGAUGCUGGUUGUGGAUUUCAUUAUAAAACUAUCACACAAAUUUACAUACUAUAUCACACCAUCCGAAGUGUUCUCAUCAUGGUUGGAGAAGACUGCACUCAAGGCGUGGAGGCUGUGAAAGCUCGAAAGAUAUUGGCUUACUUUGAGUCGUUUGAAGAUGAUUUUAUGGCAAAUGCCAUUAAUUUCAUUGGUUUGUCAAAGAAUCAGUUGUACAAAUUGCGUGGGAAUGAUGGAUGGGAUACAUUUCUUAAAGAUGUAACUACUUUCUGUUCGAAGCAUGACAUCAAAGUCCCUAGCAUGGAUGAUAUUUAUGAACCAGUGUUAAGAUCAAAAGGAUCCUUCAGAAAAGUCAAGAAUAUCCACCACUACCGUGUUGAAACUUUCACAAGUGCCUUUGAUGGGCAAUUUCAAGAGUUUAAUGACAGGUUUGAUAAGGUGAACGCAGAUUUUCUUCUUUGUGCGGCAGCACUUGAUCCAGCUAAAUCAUUUUAUCAUUAUGACAAGGAUAAGUUACUUAAACUUGCUCGGUUUUAUCCCAAAGACUUCUCAAGCAAAGAUUUGUCACAGCUUCCCAUCCAUCUCACACGCUUUAUUGCUGAUAUGCGUGAGGAUGAAAGGUUUAGAGAAGUGAAAAGUUUUGUUGAGUUUUCAGUUAUGCUUGUUGAAACAAAGAAGAACCUCAAACAUCCUAAUGUUUACAAGCUUCUUAAAUUGGUGCUAGUUCUUCCCAUAGCAACUGCUAGUGUUGAGAGGGUAUUUUCUACAAUGGAUCUUGUUAUGGAAAAGCUAAGAAAUAGAGUGGGGGAGCAACUAUUGUAUGAUUGCCUGAUUACAUUUAUUGAGAGGGAGGUUUUCAUGCAGGUUAAGGCUGAUGCCUUGAUAUCUCGCUUCCAAGCCAUAGUUGGAGUGUAA